CCACUCGCAGCCCCCGCGAGUCCAAGAGAACGAAGAGUAAACCGAAAGAACGGUCUUCUACUCAGUCUGUCCGCGACCGUCCGUCAAGCAGACGUCUGCCGACUCGUUUACCCCCACUUCCUUUCGGCGGUCUGUCGUUCACUGAUUGUGAGUGUCUCUUUCGCAGUGUCUCUCGAGGGCCUCGUAGAAGCCACAUGUCGUCUGUUGCGCGGCCGCUACCGGCACCCUGACCCAUUAUUGUCAGUUGUGACGAUCGAUCGCGAGCAGUGCGUCACGCAUCGAUUCCUCGAUCGCCGGUCGCUUAUGACAGUUAGAUCGUAUCACAGUGAUAAAAGGUGACUGACGAGAAAUUAUGUGGUUCGCGAACGUCCUCGCAGGCCUCAUUGGCCUGGUCAUCGUCGGUUCGCCACCCUGGUGUUCCGACGCGUUCAACGUGGAGACGAAACAUUACGCGGUUUAUCAAAACGAGAACAAAUCCAUGUUCGGAUUCGCGGUGUCGAUGUACCGAGACAGAAACGGUCGAGGCUGGGCGAUCGUAGGUGCACCGGAGGCCAAAACUCAGCAACCUGGCGUCUACAGAGGCGGUGCUGUUUACAAAUGCGACAUCGCGGCCGACGAUCGAUGCUCGGUGAUCCAGUUCGAUACCAAAGGGAACAAUCGUGCUCGAAAUCCAAAUGUGGCGGGCGGUUUAAGUCAGAUCGACAAUAAAACGCUUCAGUGGUUCGGUGCCACGGUUUCAGCCUCCCUGAAGGAUGGAGGGCCUAUCAUGGCGUGUGCCCCCAGGUAUAUCUGGUUCUCCUUGUCCCAGCAGAAGUACGAUUCCGAGGACAAUCGGUGGAGCAAGGAAUCGACGGCCGGAAAUCGAAGGGAGCCCGUCGGCACCUGUUGGGUCGUUAACAGCCAGUUCAACGAAUCGCAAGAAUUUUCACCCUGCCGGACCAGGUACUGGGGAUACCACAGGCAGGGUUCGUGUCAAGCUGGAUUGGGCGCCGCCAUGUCCAAGAACGGUGAGAGGCUCUUCAUCGGGGCACCAGGAAGUUGGUACUGGCAAGGUCAGAUAUACUCGAUCAGCACCGAUAUCAGGUUGCAGUUCGUAGCGACGACGUUGUUCACCCCCGAAGCAGAUGGAUCAGGCCAAGCGUUUUCACAGUCGUUGAAGAAUCGUGCGAAAAUAUUGUUCACGAAGGAAGGGCCGGCCACGGAGGACGAUAGCUACAUGGGUUAUUCCGUCACGACCGGGGAUUUUAUUGGAAAUGGCGACAGCGGCACUGCUGUUGGUGUACCACGCGGCGGCGACCUUCUUGGCAAAGUUAUCCUAUUUACAUCGAACAUGACGAAUCCACGUAACAUUACUGGGGAACAAAUGGGAGCUUACUUCGGUUAUGCUGUUGCUUCCGGUGAUAUUGAUGGCGACGGUUUAGAUGAUCUCAUAGUCGGCGCGCCAAUGUAUACAGUGCCAGAUAACCCGGAAAUGACCAUCGAGACCGGAAGGGUGUACGUGAUCUAUCAGGGCGCUGGACCUGAAAAAUACCGGAAAAUCGACUUUAGAGACGGGGAGAGCAACCGCGGACGAUUCGGUUUGUCGCUGGCAGCACUAGGGGACAUCGACCGUGACGGUUAUGGCGAUUUCGCCGUGGGUGCUCCUUACGGUGGUCUACGUGGACACGGUGCCGUCUACAUCUACCACGGUUCCUCCAACGGAGUCCUCGAAAAGUACUCUCAGGUGAUCUACGCCGAGAACCUCGGCGUCCCGUUGGAUACGUUCGGGUUCUCCGUGGCCGGUGGCCUCGACCUCGACGGGAACCACUAUCCAGAUUUGGUGGUGGGCGCCUACGAGUCCGGCACAGCGAUCCUAUUCAGGUCCCGGCCGGUCAUCAAGAUGGACUCUUACGUGAGUUUCGAUCAGGAAUCGAAAUUGAUCUCGUUGGACGAUAGGAAUUGCACGCUAUCGGACGGAAGCCGGGUGACCUGCUUCCCGUUGAGGGCGUGUUUCAAGUACACCGGCGAGGGUGUAUUCGCCAAGCACAACUUCAACAUCCAGUACGUCCUGGACGUGAAGAAAACCAAGAAUCCAAGGUUGUUCUUCUUGGAACUCGAGGGCAGGAAUACGCUGAAUCGCACAAUCAUGGUGGAUCGGGAUCGACAGUUCUGUCGCACGGUUCAGGUGUACGUGACGUCCAACAUCCGUGACAAACUAACAUCCCUGGACGCCGAAAUGCGAAUGAGCCUCGACGAGGAACGCUACGAGGACAACAGACCCAGGGACCCCAGGUUGCCUCUGCGGCCAGUUUUAGGCUCGACGACGUCCAAGAAGGAUUCUCUGUCCAUCAGGAAGAAUUGUGGCCCCGACAACGUGUGCAUACCAGACCUGCAGAUGAACGUGUCGUCGAACGUGCUAAGGUACCUGCUGGGUUCUGGAAAGCGACUAGAGCUGGACGUGAUGGUGCAGAACAUGGGGGAGGACGCGUUCGAAGCUACGUACAACUUGAAGCUACCGACUGGCAUCGAUUACAUAAAAGUCGAGAAGAUCGAGACCAUGGGUGUGCCCGUUCAAUGCUCCGCGCCCAAGCAAACGAACAACAACACGCUUCGCUGCGACAUCGGCAACCCUUUGCAGCAGCACGGGUUGGUUAAGUUUAAGGUGCUGUUGCAGCCGGUCACCUCUCACGGGAUGAAGCCUGUCUAUUCCUUCGAAAUGGACGUGAACACCACCAAUCCCGAGAAUCCGUACACGACCGACGAUAAUAAGUACACUCUGAGGCUACCGAUCUGGAUCGAGACCGAGCUACGCGUGGACGGCGAGAGCAAACCCAAGGAUCUCUAUUACUAUCCGGACAAUUACACCAGCGACGCGAACGCGUCGACGGAGAUCGAUUUUGGACCUGCUGUAACGCACAAUUACACCAUUCGCAACCUGGGUCCCUCUGACGUGAUCGAGGCGGAGGUCUUCCUCAUUUGGCCGGCACAGACACUGGGGGGAAACGAACUGCUCUACCUUCUGGAGCAACCGGAAACGUCUGGACCUAUCGCAUGUGAAACUGCCAACGCGAACUAUCUUAGCCUUAAGCUGGAACAACGAAGAAGAUCCUAUUCUCAUCAUUCGGACCCCUCGGGAGUAACAUUGGACGAAUCACAAUCAGGUAAAACGAUCAAUGUGCAGAGCGGAUUCGACGUGGAGAAGAACAAGCAAGUCCAACACGAAGAAAGCGAAAUCAAUAGCGGGGAUAGUUCGAGCAUCCAGAAAUCGCGUCACUGGCCACCCUCCUCGUCGUCCGUCGUCACCAGCAACACCAAGAAGAUACAAUUAUCAACAACGGGGGAAAAACCAAAUGUGUUGGUCACAACGUACACGCAAAACAAUUCUGGAACAGGUUCGAUCGGUACAGAUGACUCUACGGUUGGCAACAGGGGUGUGCUGAUCCACACGGAAUCUGGCGGUUAUGGGGACACUUUGGGAGCUGGUUUCCGAUCCAGCGACGGCGCCACCUUCGGUUCGAGGAUCUCGAGCAUCGACGAGCAGCACACGGUUCGCGCGAAUCACUCGGAAACCAGGUUGCAAGAGGAGGAACGUCGUGUUCUGCAACGACAACGAGAAGAACAGGAGCGACUCUCCUAUCAAAGAAGACUAGAGGAGGAAAUAAAGCGUCAGCGGGAGGAAUGGGUACGACUGGAAGAGGAGGCACGAAGGAGGGUAGCGGAGAAAGAGACGCGUUAUGGCGUUGAUCGUGGAUUCGUCACGGGCGAUCGGGAGGAAACGGUCAGAGAAGGUGAAUUUGGAUUUAAUCUGCGUAAUGUAAGCUCUACGCAAGAGUUGGAACGAUUGUUUGGAUCUCUGUCGAAGUCGGCGACCGGCUACGAGCUGUACAACAGACAGGGCAAGAACUACGUCCAGUUCAUGGGCAGAUUCAGAACCUCCGCCGACAGAAAGGAGUACAUAGAGUUCCAGGAUAGCUCCAUGUUCCCUCUUCAGGAUCGAUACGGGGGCCAGAGUUACGUCUCCGAGUCCACCGAGCCUCGGGACAGUCGGUUCUUGAGGAUAGAGGGUGAGCUACAGAUAGAUUCGAACGGGAGAGGGUUCAUCGUCUUGAAAGAUGGUCGCAGAUUCCCGCUGCAAGGAUCGUUUAGUUACACCGAGUCUCGUCAGACCAACUUCGGUGACUCAUGGAACGAAGAGUCUGGUCAGACCGGUGGCCUGGAACGAGAAUACGAAUCGUCGUACACCAGCACUCACGAAGAGAGACGAACGGAGGACAAAAGGGUUACCAGCAGUAUCCACGGAAGAGAGAAUCGCGAAACGUUCGGUGAUGUUACGACGACCGAUAGAUCGAGUUCGGAUACAGGCGACAAGAAACUGUUUAAAAAGUUCGAAAGACUGCAGAGACGCGCCAGAGACCUGGAUGAAGAUUUUACGACGGACGAGGGCGUGUUCGAUGAUAAAGAUAACGAAAACGACCCAAGGACGCAGGGACCAGUCGGUCCUUGCGAUUCAGCGAAAUGCGUGAUGCUCAGGUGCGUCGUUGGUCCUUUGAAAAAGGAUCAGGAAGUCUGGUUGGGUGCUAGGUACAGGGUGGACGCGAGAACCCUGAAGAAGGUGGCCGUUCAGGAGAAGGUCAGAGUUUCUACCAAGUUGGUAGCACGAGUUACCAAGCAACCUUUCAUCGGUACACCUGCCGAACAGGUGAUCAAGAGUCACGAAAUUAAAACGAACGUUGAGCCGAACGUGACACCAUCUGCGCCGGAUGUUAUUCCAUUUUGGGUGGUGGUUCUCUCGGCCUGCGCCGGAACGAUCAUUUUGUUGCUGCUUAUCUUCCUGCUUUACAAGUGCGGAUUCUUUAAGAGGAACAGACCGUCGGACGCUCCGGAGAGGGAACCUCUAAAUAGGAACGGUCACUUCCAGCACGGGGAUGAUCAUUGAAACGUAAAUCGAGGAUCGAUCAGUGGAAUUCAAUCGAAACGAAAAUCGUCGAACGAGUCACUAAGUGCCUUAACUUCACGAAUAUUUUGAAGGAGCGGGAAUAUGCAUUCGCUGGAACGCGUGGAACAGUUCAAUUUACGAUUCUGCCGUGUGCAAAAUAAUUUUAAUUAACAUUCGCGAGUGCCUUUAUCUCCGAACCGAACGUGAAACUGCUAGAGUGAAUUUUAUAAAGGUUCUGGAGCGAUACUGCGAUUUCUACUGCCACUGAAUACUCCUUCCAGCUCCUGCAGCUCGACCAUGCAAGUUUCUAGUCAGGAGACGUCUUCUUUUUAUUUUAUUUUUUUUUUUAACUCGUAAUUUACUUAAGCCUCCCGUUCGUCGACAAAUACGAGCGUAAUCGACGAUCGAUUAAACAGCCGAACAAAUUUUAUUCGAGGACGAAAAAUAAUAAGCGUUCGUCAAAUUAUUGUUUUAUUUGCGUAAAAUAGAUGCCGAGUUAUCUAUUAUUUUAUUACGAAAAGUUCGGUGACCCAAAUAUUUCGGUAAGUGAGAAAAUCAGAAAAGAAAUUUAAUUUUUAACCUCAUUCGACGACAAUUAACCUCAAAUGAUGAUUAAGUUUUGAACGUUUUCAAAAACGAAACGAAGGACAGUUGCAAUCGUCGUCGAAUAGUAUCGUAACGAUUUGAAUUGUUGUUCCGACGUAAGCGUACAGGAGCAAUAUCUAAUUAUAUAUUGUAAAUACACAAUAGAAUAUACCACGAAUAUCACUAUGACCACAAAAUCCCAAGUAUUUCCGUUGGAUUUACAAAAUAUAGUGAAAUCUUUGUUUCGAAUAGCUUUUUUUCUGCGAACACAAAAAAGUAUUUUGAAAUUUCGUGACGACUGAUACUUAUACGAUUUCUAUCGUAAAGGAAUUUAAUUGGCCCAACGUUUUCGACAAUUUAACGAUUUAAUAUCGAUAGAUCUCAUUCGUUGCCGAUGCCGGCAGUCGGUUUGUAUUUUCUUUUUAUUUUUUAACGCGAAAGUGGUCUCGAGAACGGGAAUCUUUGAUUAUUUAUUAAAUUUUUACAUUAUAUAUGUACAAUGUAACGUAUGAUAGAGCGUCGUAACAUGGACGGGGACUUGCCCCGUAUGUAUGUGUGUACAAUCUUGUAAAUUAUUAAUUUUAUUACUAAAACAAUUCAGAAAAAAAUAGCUAGCUAACGCAAUAAUAAUUAUGUAGAAAGUAAAAAAUUUCUGAGAAAUGCGGAAAGGUAGAACUGACUUGUAUAUACAGACUUAAGAUGUAAUAUUAAAAGAAAAAUAUUAUUGAUA